AUGGCUCGAAAGAGGAAGUAUAAGACUAAAAAAUUGCAGAAACUGUUGGAAGAAGGAAUUCCAGUAGAAAAGCAGAGACCCUGGUCUGACCUACCAACAGAUCUCCUCAAGCUCAUCGAAACCAAUCUCACCCUGGAAGAUAGCAUUCGUUUUUCAUAUGUAUGUAAGAAUUGGAAUUCCCUGGAUCGUUCACAUCGGGUGAUCAACCAAACUCCAAUUCUUUUGUUCCACCCAAUUAACGACGAUGCCAUUUGCGAGUUCUUUGAUCCUUCACAGAGGAAAUCUUAUUUUCACCAAGUCCCAGAGUUAUUAAAUGCAGUGAUUUACUCCAGCAAGGAUGAUUGGCUUUUAGUUUCCAACAACAUUCUUGGGAUUUACUUACUAAAUCCCUUCACCAACUCCAAAAUUGAUCUUCCUUAUUUUGAUCCUGAACAAUUUCAAGAACUUGAAGUUACCUUAUCUUGUGCUCCAACAUCCCCUGCUUUCAUGGUUUUUGCAAUUAGAGAUACUUAUCCAGAUACACUUCCAGGUGUUACUAUUAACAUUUGGCAUUUCGGAGAUUCACAGUGGACUACCAUUAAUCACUUCUAUCAGGAUGAGCUCUUGCAAUUUGCUGUUUAUGGGUUAACUCCAUUUUUCUGUAAUGGAUUGUUUUACUGUUUGAAUACUCACAAUUUCAAUAUGAUUGGGGUUUUUGAUCCAAAGGAAUAUACUUGGAGUAUCCUUCCUGUACCUCCACCUAUGCCUAUUCGUUUUACUGAUCUGAAUUAUAUGUGGAGAGCUGUAUUCAUGGCUGAAUUCAAGGGAGAGCUUUUAUUUGUACACAUGCUUUAUCCUCGGAACCCGAAUAUAUUCAAGUUAGACUUGUAUGAGAAUAGAUGGGUUGAGAUAAGGAGCUUGGAGGGUGAGACUCUUUUUGUGAGUGAAGCUUGUUCUCUUUUGGAAUCUGAAAUCCCAAGAAUAUCAAGGAAUAAUGUCUAUCUUCCAAGGAUUCAUCGAUAUGGAAAUCGGUGUUACUCUUAUUCUCUUGAGGACAGCAGGUACUAUCCUAUUAGGUAUUGGCCUAAUUGGACAAGGUUCGAAGAUUUCGAUGUUGUUUGGAUUCGAUCACCUAAGAUGACUCAACCUUUAAUCGAAGAGCAUGACUGA